AUGGGCCAGAAAGCGUCACAGCAAUCGGCCCCUGAGGACAGCAAAGAGGUGGUCGGGGCAUGUGAGGUGGUCAGUGGUGCCGUUGCCCACGCCGCUGAGCAGCUGAAGGCGUAUCUGGGGUUUGAGUACCCGCUGAGCAGCCUCGGCCUCGCCGCCGACACGCUGAACGAGGUCUUCCUCAUGCACUUCAUCGUCUUCUGCCAGGAGAAGGGGGCCGGCAGCUGGCUCACCACCACCAAGAUGACGAAGCACCAGGCCCUGCUCUUCGGGGCAGACUGGGUUUGCACCUUUUGGGGCUCCGACAAGCAGAUAAGGCUUCAGCUGGCCGUGCAGACGCUGAGGAUGGCUUCCGUCCCUUCGAGGGACCCAAAGCCCUGCGAGCCAAGGGCGGAGGAGACUCCACGCCAGAGGAGCAGGUUUGACAGGCUGGAGGAGUUCUGUGCCUUGAUAGGGGAGGACUGUCUGGGCCUGUUCCUCGUCUUCGGUGUGCCAGGAAAUCCCAAAGACAUCAGGGGUGUUCUCCUGGACAGUGUCAAGAAUACAAUGGAGAACAGCCAGCUGCCAGGGCGGAAGGCCGUGGAACGGUUUAUCCUGGAAACAGAAGAGUGUGUCUCUAUCAAAGAGCUGCUCGGGACCUGUCUGAGGGAGAAAGACGGGCUGAGGAAAGUGGGGAAAGCUUACAUCAGCAUCCUCUGAGCUACGUCUGUGUGCUGUG